AUGGAGUCACCUACACUUAUACCCAAUCCUUCGGAACAGAAUCAUGUCACCAUCUCAACAGGAGCUACCGAUGCAACCGACUCCCCUGAACCAAGUCGACACAUCACCAACACUCCAAGUCUCACGUUCAAAGGCGACCUCAUCAUCCUACCAAACGCACAAGCCCGCAUCAGCCCUACGUGUGCAUCAAUCGCGGACCCAAGCCAACACACCCUCCACCUCUUCGCCGACGCCUCGUUCCCCGGACACGACUGGCACAAGGGGCCCUCGAAGCCGUCCGCGCCAGCAGGCGCCGCCGUCUUCUGGAAGCCGUGGCCGUGUACAGACCCCGUCGACCCGUGGCACUCCCGCGCAUUCCAGAUCCUCGCGUGCCACAACUCCCGCCAAGCAGAACUCUACGCCGUCGUCGCAGCCCUCGAGACGGCGACGCUGCUAGCCCACCUGAUGCCGGACCUGAGACGGGUCACGAUCUUUUCCGACUGUCAGGGCGUCAUGAACACGCUCGCCGCAGCGGAGGGCUCCUACCCCAGCGCCUUGGAUCCCCUCGUCAAACGCGCCUUUGAGGCGUGCGGCUCUCUGCGGGAUAAGAGGAACAUCAGGGUCGCUGUGUGCUGGUGUCCCGGCCACGUUGGUAUCGUCGGCAACGAAAAGGCUGACGAGCUAUCGAAAGAGAUCCGACGGUACAACUUUAGGCACUUGGUUCCUAAAGAGCAGCCCACGCGCGUGAGCGGGUAUGAGAUUCCGUCCAAGUAUCUAGAGAGGGCGCGCCGCGGGCACUGGUGGAAGGAUGAGGCUGACUUCGAGUGGACGGCGAACAUGCCUCGCAAGCGGUUUUAUCCGGUGGCUGCUAGUAGAGAGUGCGAUGAUGAAAACUACGAUUAUGAAGACUACGAUUAUGAGGCUGACGAUGGAGCUUACAACGAUGAAGACUACAAUUAUGACGCCGACGACGAGUUCUCCGACGACGAGUUCUACGACGAUGAGGCAUCUGCAACCCUCUCGUUGUAUAGCUACUCUUCAGCCACGCAGAGCCAAACAAGAAAGCGCGAGCGUUCGAUAUCAGACCCACCAGAGUAUCCCUGCAAGAGACAAAGGACAGGCCGACUCGAGCACGGCAUCAAGCAGUCGAGAACACUGGAAUGGACUCCAACUCCAGUCUGA